UGAGCUUGUUAAAUUAACGACCUUGAUCUUCUUCUCUUUUAUCUCAUAAUCUCUAAAACAAAAACUAAAAGAAACAUGGAAACAACCAAGAAACUCUCUCCUAUCUUCUGCUUCUCUUCUCUCUUAUGUCUCUUCUUCACCAUGAACCAAGCUGUCUCCGAAACAGACCACAUGGACACUUUCUGCAUUGAUUCAUCCAGAAACACCACUGGCAACACAACUUACAACAAAAAUCUCAACACCAUGCUCUCUACUUUUCGCAACCAAUCAUCCAUCGUUAACAAUUACAAUCUCACAACUGGUCUAGCUUCAGACACAGUCUAUGGAAUGUUCUUAUGCACAGGAGACGUCAACAUAACAACGUGCAACAACUGCGUCAAGAAUGCAACAAUCGAGAUUGUCAAAAACUGUACUAACCAUCGAGAAGCAAUCAUUUACUACAUCGAUUGUAUGGUUCGUUACUCAGAUAAGUUCUUCCUCUCCACCUUUGAGAAAAAGCCUAAUAGCAUUUGGAGCGGUGAUGAUCCAAUACCGAAAUCACUAGGUCCGUUCAAAAAGAGAUUGUAUAAGAAAAUGGGAGAGGCUAUCGUAAGAUCGUCUACGUUGUCUUCCGCUCUCACGCCGUAUUAUUACUUGGAUGUAACUAGAUUUGAUGGCUCCUACGAUCUUGACUCUCUUGUUCAGUGUAGUCCACAUUUGAAUCCUGAAAACUGUACCAUAUGCCUUGAAUAUGCGUUGCAAGAAAUUAUCGACUGUUGUAGUGACAAGUUUUGGGCUAUGAUCUUCACUCCUAACUGUUUUGUGAAUUAUAUGAUCACAACUUCACCAUUGCCGCCGCUUCCAUCACCGUAUCACCAUAGCGGUUCGUGCUCCAUUAGAGGAAAUAGUGAAAUAUUUUGGGGAAUGAUCAUUCUGGCAGCUUUGGUGUUUACAUUUUAGGUCUAUGAUAAGACUGCGUGUUUAAGGGAAAAAUAAAAAUUCAGUUUUGUUGUUGUAAUGUUUCAUGUUUUAUUGCUUGUGUGUGUCUGUCCCUGAUAAUGUGUUUAUUCAGUCAUUUAUUGAAAGAUUAUUUUAACUUGUCAUAGUGUCGAGUGUCGACAUUGCCUCACUUUUAUUCGGUUUUCACUAUACAUAUGCUUUGUUCUCCUCUCUUUAUGGACAUUGUGGA